AUGCCGACGAUUGGAAGAGACUUAGACGUUCCACAAGCCGGUCUUGAGUGGUUAUUAUCAGCUUACCCCUUGAGCGCAGGGUGCCUUUUAUUAGUCUUUGGUCGUCUUGCAGAUAUUUAUGGCAGGAAGAAAGUGUUCCUGCUCGGAACAGCCUUUAUGGGUGCCGUGACGCUUGGAUGUGCUUUCCCAAUGAAGGCGUUGACACUGGAGGUACUACGAGGAGUACAGGGAAUCGGCUCUGCAGCCAUGAUACCCGCUUCGUUAGGCAUCCUAGCGAACGCCUUCCCUCCAUCUCGCGCUCGUUCAAUGGCAUUUGCUACUUUCUCAGCGGGCGCACCCAUCGGUUCCGUAUUAGGGACGGCCUUGGGAGGAGUCCUUGCGGAAUACACAGAAAAGUCCUGGCGGUCUAUUUUCUAUCUAAUGUCUGGGAUUGAUUUUCUGUGUUUCAUGGGAGGCUUGAUUUCCUUCGACAAGGACAAACCUUCAACAGAGAUUGACCAACGUGUGGACUGGCUUGGCGCAUUCCUUGUCACCGCAGGCUUAGUCUUGAUCGUCUUUGUGCUCAGUCAAGGCGAGCUCGCCCCAAAACAGUGGGCUACACCCUACAUAAUUGCUUUGCUGAUUGUCGGGGUGAUUCUGGUCGUCUUGUUCGUAUUUUGGCAGGUAUACCUUGAGAGAGUCCAAGAAAACCCACACUCCACCUACUCGGUGUUCACGCCUCCGCCCCUAAUGAAACCUUCACUUUGGAAGCGGGCAAAUGGAAGGUUCGCUGCAAUGAUGCUCGUCGCUUUCUUGAACUCGUGUUCCUUCCUUAGCUGGAUGUUUUGGGCGCAAAUCUACUACCAAGACUACAAGAACCUAAGCCCCGUUCUAAGUGUGGUUCGAUUCUUGCCAAUGUUCGUAUCUGGAAUGGUCUGUACCUUCUUUGUCGGCAUCAUGGCGGCUCGUAUUUCCCUUGUAUACCUCGCAGCGAUUGGUUCUUUGUGUACUGCUGCCGGUGCUCUGUUGUUCGCUGUGAUCGAUACUCACAUGACAUAUUGGGCCUUCGGAUUCCCCGCCGCCACAAUUGUCGUUGUUGGUGCGGAUUUUAUUUACGCUGCCGGAUCCCUUUAUAUUGCGAAGAUUUCCCUGCCGCACGAGCAGAGUCUAGCCGGUGGCCUUUUCCAAACAAUGACGCAGUUAGGAACAUCGGUCGGUAUCACAGUAACCACUGUGGUAUUCAAUCGCGUCGCAAGAAGAAACGGUCCUGGUGUUGAUAAUAUUGCAAGUUAUCGCGCAGCACAAUGGACUUCCUUUGCGUUCGGAAUUCUGGGAAUGCUGCUGUCCAUUCCAUUUUUUACGGGCGUCGGCGUGGUUGGGUACCGCAAGCCGCGGGCUAGAGCCUCGGAUGGCAUCCAGUUCAACUUAGUAGGUGGGACAGACACGACAAGACAGCAAAGAACACCAAACAAGAUUAAGAAAAAAGAGGAAUUUCAUUUGAGCCUCGGCGAGUUGUCUAAAUGGACUGUCGUUUAA